CUCAUGUAGUGUCAAUUGAGGAACAUAAAACCAGAGCAAGUUUAUUCCCGAUGCCGCUCAAGCAUACGUUGUAGCUUCAAUAUCAAACGGGGUUUGGCCAAAAACUCGAUUUUUCUUGGUAAAGUUUCCAUCUUUCUCUCCCGUUCACAAUUUCCCAACUCAAAAUCUUGUUCCACAUUGUACUGGCGAGGUUGUGAACAGCAACUAAGAUUUUGUUUUUUUCGUUUUUUGUUUCCCUCUCUGCAAUUUCAAACACUUUGAAUUCAAGAGUUAUUGAGUAUCUAUCUGUUUAUGUCAUGUCUCCCUUGCAAAACAAUGGUUUAAUGUGUUCUUCAGUUACUGUUCACUUAAUGUCUCAUGUUACCCUCCUUCAAAACUGAGCCUAGUUAUUGAGUUCUUUAGUUAUUGAGUUUACACUUUGGAUUCAAGAUUUUUUCUUGAUUUUUGUGUGUUCACAUCAUGUCUAAUAAUAACUCCUCCAAGACCCAACCCAAUUUCUUGAAUGCUCCUAACCAUCAGCAUACCUUGCAAAACAAUGGUGUGGUCAUGCAAACACAGCCCCAAUUGGGUAAUCACCAAAACCAAAACCAAAACCAAAGCUUGAUUCCCCCCUUUAUGCUCAACAUGCAACCAUCUAUAAAUACACCUCCUCCUUUCAUGAAUGCUGCAAAUAAUCUCCUUCACUUGCAAAACAAUCAGCUACAUCUGCCUCAUAUGGGUUUAGCUGGUCCUCAACAUGGUCAAUCCCAUGUGGGGGGGUUAGGUCCUCAAAAUAGUGUAGGCAAUGCCAAUUACAAUCCAAUGUUUCCUGUUCAGGGACAAGUCAUGCAGAAUGCAGCUCAAAUCAAUUUGUCUCAACAAAUUUUAGCACAAAGUAUUCUGAAUAUGCUUCAGCAGCCUAAUAUGAAUAUGAAUAUACCAAAUGGCCAAUUUUGUAACCCAUAUGCUGUGCAAAAUAUGAAUCAACAGUUACCUAUGCAAAUGUCAAACCCUUCUCAUGUUGGUCCAUAUGGUAUGCAUCCUGGUUCCCAACCCAUGUUUGGGUUUCCAAACCAAGUGCCUCAGGCCAUGAUGGUCCCUCAAAAUCCAAUCUUUUCUGCAAAUCCCCAGAUGGGUCAUGUGCCUGGAAAUCAGGUCAGGCCACAGAAUGACCCGAAUGAGAAAAACCUUGUUCCACCAACUGCGAAUACAAAUGCCUUUGCAUCAUCACCUUUUUCAUCUCAGCAGUUACAAGGCAACAGUUCUGCAUCACUUAAUCCUAAUUCGGUUCGGCUACAUCAUACAAAUAACUCUCAACCUUCUGCAUUUAUGAAGUCACACACACAGGCAAAUCCUAAUAGCAACAUUAAAAAUAAUGUUCCAAACUCUAAUUGGAAAGGAUCACCAAGCAAAAACUUCAAAAAUAAACAAAAUCGAAGGGAGUUUCAAGGAGGUUCAAGUAAAUUCCAGAAGUCUAAAUUUCUUGAUAUCAACAACGGAAAGAGAAGAACUGGGUUCCCUAAAGAACAUAAGGGCAAAGGGCCCAACAAUGGGAGGGCAGGACAUGUUGGUUUAAAUUCUAAGGAACUUAAGCAGGAAACAAAAAGAUCCUUCUCUGUGACUUAUACUGAGCAAGAAAUCCAACAGUGGCGUGAAGCUAGGAGGAAGAAUCACCCUUCCAACAUUCAGAAGAAGCAGAGUGAACCUCUGAAAGACUCCAAGGUCAUUGAUAGGGAAGUCUUACAAAGAGAGCUGAGGGAGAUUUUAGCAAAACAAGCUGAGUUGGGAAUAGAAGUUGCUGAAAUACCAUCAUACUACCUGAAGGGUUCUGAGAAUCAAGGCCUUCAGAGUGAAGGGAAAAACACAUUUACUGACAAAAGGAAAUUCCAAAACAAGUUCAACAAGAAAUCAGACAGAAAAGGUCGGUUUGCCAAGAAACAGAAGUUUGCAGACAAAGAUUUUUCAGAAAGCCCUUCUUUAAACAAGAGGAAGCCAACUUUAUUGCAUAAACUCUUGAGUGCAGAUAUAAAGAGGGAUAAGAGCCACUUGUUUCAGGUUUUUAGGUUCAUGGUAAUGAAUUCUUUCUUCAAACAUUUUCCUGACAAACCACUGAUAUAUCCAUCAACUUUUGUGAAAGAAAUUGGAUCUGAAGGUGGUGAAGAAAGACAUUUGCACAUUGGAAAAGAUGUUGUUGAAAGUGUUAAAGAGAAAACAGUUCAAAAAAUUGUAAACCACGAUAAUGUUAUUGAAGAUGAAGAGUGUGAUGAUGAUGAUGAUGAUGAUGAGAAUGACUAUAUUGUUCAUAGUAAUCCGCAUAAAGAACCAUCUUCCUUCGUUAAAAGACAAUGUGAUAAUGGAGAAGGAAUUCAGGAAUCUGAUGAAGAGGAGGGGGAAAUUGUAGAAUAAAAUUCAAGGCUGCUCUGCUCUCUCUGUUCUUGCAACAAAGAUUUUGGAAUACCAAGAUUGUAAUAUUUUCUUUUAAAUCAUUUUAUUUCCCAUCAUUGUCUUACCA